CCUAGCAGCUGUUCAUUGCAACACUGGCAACACCAACGCCACCUCGCCAACAUCGGCUUCACUUCUCUCUGCGUCAGCGGCGUCAGCUUGCGAAAUCCGAACCGAACUUUUUGCCCGAGCGUUUGCCGGUAAUCUUCCAGCUGGCAGUUCGUCGUGAUGGGGUCGUUCGUUCAAGACCAUUUUCUGCUGGACGAUCCGGCCUACAAAAAAUUGCAAGAAUACUACAAUGCGAAAGGAAAAUCGAUUAAUAUAUUGUCUCAGUUCAAGAGCGACCCAGACCGCUUCAAGAAGUACAGCAUUCUUUUGAAAACACCUGUUGGAGGAGAGCUACUGGUGGACUAUUCUAAAAAUAGAAUUGAUGGAGAAGUUCUACCACUGCUGUUCGACCUUGCAAAAUCUCGCAAGGUGGAAGCAGCUCGAGAUGCCAUGUUUAAAGGAGAGAAAAUCAACUUCACUGAGGGAAGAGCUGUGUUGCACACUGCUUUGCGUAACAGGGACAAUACCCCAAUCUUGGUAGAUGGUGUUGAUGUCAUGCCACACGUGAAUGGAGUGUUGAAGCACAUGAGAGAAUUCUCUGACUCUGUUCGAAAUGGUGCUUGGAAAGGUUACACCGGAAAGUCUAUCACUGAUGUUGUAAACAUUGGCAUAGGUGGAUCAGAUUUGGGACCUCUCAUGGUGACGGAAGCACUGAAGCCUUUCCAGUGUGGACCCAAUGUCCACUUUGUGUCAAACAUUGAUGGUACUCAUCUUGCUGUCACUCUGAAGAAAUUGAGUGCUGAAACAACACUGUUCAUCAUUGCUUCGAAGACCUUCACUACUCAAGAGACUAUUACAAAUGCCAAGUCAGCUAAGGAAUGGCUUUUGAACCACACCAAGAAUGCUGCAGAUGUGGCAAAGCACUUUGUCGCACUCUCAACAAAUGCUCCUAAAGUGAAGGAGUUUGGCAUUGACGAAGCAAACAUGUUUGAGUUCUGGGAUUGGGUUGGAGGAAGAUAUUCCCUUUGGUCAGCCAUUGGAACGUCUAUUGCUCUCUUUGUUGGCAUGGAUAAUUUUGAACAACUCUUGAGUGGUGCUCAUUUCAUGGAUCACCACUUUCAGAAGGCUCCACUGACAGAAAACAUUCCCAUAAUCUUGGCAUUGCUUGGAGUAUGGUACUCUAACUUCUUUGGUGCUGAGAGCCAGUGUCUGCUCCCCUAUGAUCAGUACCUGCACCGCUUUGCAGCCUACUUCCAGCAGGGUGAUAUGGAAUCCAAUGGAAAAUACGUUACAAGGAGUGGCAGACAUGUGGCCUACACCACUGGUCCAAUUGUAUGGGGUGAGCCAGGGACCAAUGGACAGCAUGCCUUCUACCAACUCAUCCACCAAGGUACUCGGCUGAUUCCAUGCGAUUUUAUUGCUCCUGUGAAGACUCACAACCCAAUCAGUCAUGGCAUUCACCAUGAGAUUCUGCUAGCAAAUUUCUUGGCCCAGCCUGAAGCGCUAAUGAAAGGAAAAACGAAGGAAGAAGCUGAAGCAGAACUGAAGAAAGCUGGCAUGUCUGGAGACAAGCUGGAAAAGAUCUUGCCUCACAAAGUGUUUGAAGGCAACCGACCAACUAACUCCAUUAUGGUAGACAAGAUUACCCCCUUCAACCUCGGCGUUUUAAUUGCUAUGUAUGAGCAGAAAAUUUUCACUCAAGGCAUCAUCUGGGAUAUCAACUCGUUUGAUCAGUGGGGUGUGGAACUUGGGAAGCAGCUAGCAAAAGCCAUUGAGCCAGAACUGAAAGGCAAGAACCCUGUGGACACCCAUGACUCCUCAACUAAUGGUCUCAUUAACUUCAUCAAGGCACACAACUGAUAGAAUUACAAGUAACUCUAUCAGCAGUAUUUGGUGUAGCAGGAUAUGGUACAACAGAGUGCAAAAGGUGCAUUAGGUAUACUGGAAUGUCUGUACGUCAUGUUGUGAGAAUUAAAAUGAAAAACGUGUGAAUUUUACUGCA